AUGUCUUCCAGCACCAACCACAGAUUAUACGUCAAGGGCAAGCACUUGUCAUACCAGCGUGGCAAGCGCAACACCAACCCCAACGUCUCUCUGAUCAAGAUCGAAGGUGUCGAGGAUACCGAAGCGGCCAAGUUCUACCUGGGAAAGCGCGUCGCAUUUGUCUACCGAGCCUCCAAAGAACGACAAGGUAGCAAGAUCCGAGUGAUCUGGGGCAAGGUUACCCGCCCGCACGGCAACAACGGUCUCGUCCGAGCCAAGUUCCGACACAACCUCCCUCCCAAGAGCUUUGGUGCUUCCGUCAGAAUCAUGCUCUACCCCAGCUCGAUAUAA